AUGAAGCGUUGCGUACUCUUGCUCUCGGUUUUACCAGUGAUCUUCGCCGCCUCGAUAAUUGAAAAAGUUGAAGCGCCUUACCAGGCGAACUUAGUGAUCGCGAGUCUUCUGAACGACGACGCGGAGAAUUGCAGCGGUUCUAUAAUUCACAGGCGUUGGAUCCUUACAGCUGCUCAUUGUUUGGUGAGCCUGGUUUACCCGAGGUAUCUCACCGUCACUGUGGGAACUCGCAAGUUUUCGGGCGAUGGAGGAAAGCUUUACGAAGUCGAGACGCACAUCACUCACGAGAACUGGAACCUCAAUCCGACAAACGACAUAGCUCUGGUGAGAUUGAGGAAGGAUAUCGUAUUCGAUGAUAACACGCAGGUGAUCCGAUUGUCCAGGAACGACGCUGACUCUCAAGAGAACACUGUUGCAAGACUGACCAGUUGGGGACGGUUGGAAGACGAUAUGCCAGCUCCAGUCCUUGGAAGCACUAAUCUUCUGGUGAUAUCCCAAGAUCAGUGCCGGCAGAAACUUUCGGACGUGAUUGAAAAACUAAACAAUACCGAAGAUCGUCAAUUUUUCGGAAAAGCCGUGGACGGCUUGGACCAACUCCUCUGUACAGUUCCUCAUUCCAACGGUCGACGUCUGUGUCACGGUGAUUCCGGUGGUCCGCUAGUAAUAAACGACACGCAAAUAGGCAUAGUCUCUAGCUCGUACAGGUGCAGCGGUCAGCCCGGCCUCUUCACCAGAGUCUCCAGCUUCAUCGACUGGAUCCAACACCACCUCACCAAAUACAACGACCAAUUGUCCUAACUUGUACAAUCGAAUA